UAGCCAUUUCUUCAGUGGCAGCACUAGUAUGGAUGUGUUAUACGUCAAAAAACAGUCAGCGUUUACAAGAUGAGGUUUUUAUACAGCAUAUCGCUUGAUAUUUGGUAAAUUUUCGAGAGAUCGUCUUAUAUCAUAAAUCUUGUAAUAUGAUUAUUUUUGUGCGUAUCAUCGUGAUGUCAAUUAUGUAAAACAAAAAUCAUUUACCUUAUGCGCAUAGUAUUCCACAUUCUAAGAAUUAUUUAAUGAUUAAGGUGCUGCGUUAACUCUUUCGAUGUUGACAUUUAAACAUUUCUAGAUACAACUGUGCAAUUUCAUUUUAUUCUAUUCAUCAACUUUUAUCGAAAUAUUUGUGAUAUAAAACAUAACCUACUCUUAAUAAGCUAGAGCAUGAAAUUUGAUGACAUAGUCUUUAUGUUUUCAAUUAAGUUUCAAUGUCUUUUUACAUAGCAGUGUUUACAUUUAAUCUUGCAUGUCAUCUCGAAAAUAUUAUUUUAAAUAUAAUUUUAACAUAAAUCCUUAGUAUAAUAUUUAUAUAAAUAUUAAGAGACUAUCUUUCUGAUGAUUCUUAAAAUAUGAUGAAUGGACAGUACAAUAUGUUAAUUCUUUCUAAGGGAAUGAGGAAUUUGUAUUGUGUUUUCAAUUAUCUUGGAAAAGUGGCAGGUGCCAGUUAACAUAAUUUCUAACAAUUAUGGAAAAUCAAAGUCACCAUACUCAAGCUUAUCAGACUCAUCAGUCAUUUUGGAAAAAGAAUACACGCGCCGUUCCAGGGAGACCAAGCCUCAAGCAAGAUGGUAAAGUUGGUAAAGGAAGCGCUACCACCCUUAUACCUGGUUCAACGAAUCCAGUGUCUAGCAGUAGCGGAGGUAUAUCCGGAAGUAGCGGUGGCUCUACAUCUUUCCAAGAUUUUCAAGAAAGUAUAGACGAUGCUUGGGAUUCGGGAGAUGAUGAAUUUUGUACCGUUUCUGAUGUGAAGAUAUCAAAAAGAGUCAGCAAGUCUGCUGCUAUUAGUGUUAUUAAUAGUCACCGUUCGAGAAAAUCGUGUAUAGAAUCAGGAAUGGGUGUAAAACCUCAACAACGGGUACAAGAAAUUAUUCCUGAAGAAAAAAGAGCAGAGGCUUUGCAAAGAUUAGCUGUUCAGCCUUUGCACUUGAGAAAUGCUAAUUUGUCUAUACAUUCUCAAGUAAAUAACAGUCAACAUUCCACAGAAGAUUCAGAUGUAAAAUAUGGUGCUUCCCCUCAACACAAACCGACACAAUUUCCGGGUAGGCCGCAACCGUUGAGACAAACGAAUGCGCCUUCGAAAUUUUUUAUACCUUCUAAAGAACAAGAUGGCGAAAGUAAAGUAGAUAAAUUUCAAGCCCUUUUGGAAGCUUCUGUGUUAAAUUUAGAUGAAUUAAGACAAUUGUCAUGGUCAGGUAUACCUGCGCGACUGCGUUCCGUUACUUGGAGGCUAUUGUCUGAAUAUUUGCCAGCCAAUUUAGAACGAAGACAACAUGUGUUAGAACGUAAACGUGUAGAUUAUUGGAAUUUAGUGAAACAGUAUUAUGAUACUGAAAGAGACGAGGGAUUUCAAGACACAUAUCGGCAAAUUCAUAUUGAUAUUCCAAGAAUGUCACCACUUAUUUCGUUGUUUCAGCAAACAACGGUCCAAUUAAUUUUUGAAAGAAUACUUUAUAUUUGGGCAAUUCGUCAUCCCGCUUCUGGAUACGUUCAAGGAAUGAACGAUCUCGUGACACCUUUCUUUCUGGUAUUUUUACAAGAAGCAGUACCCAUGUCAGCAUGGCAAGACUUGGAAAAUUACGAUGUAGCAUCGUUAGAAAAAGAGCAAAGAAAUAUUAUAGAAGCAGAUAGUUUUUGGUGCUUGUCUAAGUUUCUCGAUGGUAUUCAAGAUAAUUAUAUCUUUGCUCAAUUAGGUAUUCAGCACAAAGUGAACCAGUUGAAAGAGCUUAUACAAAGAAUCGAUGCCCCGUUACAUCAACAUUUACAUCAACACGGAGUGGAUUACUUACAGUUUUCCUUUCGGUGGAUGAAUAAUUUAUUGACGAGAGAAAUUCCUCUUCAUUGCACGAUUCGUCUAUGGGAUACUUACUUGGCGGAAUCCGAUCGAUUCGCUUCGUUUCAGCUUUACGUAUGUGCCGCGUUUCUUCUUCGUUGGAGACGUCACCUUCUUUUACAACCCGACUUUCAAGGACUGAUGCUAAUGCUACAAAACCUGCCUACUCAAAAUUGGACAGAUUCGGAGAUAGGAAUAUUGGUCGCAGAAGCGUACAAAUUAAAAUUUACAUUUGCAGAUGCCCCCAAUCACUUGCAAGCUCACGAUACGAGGUGACCGUUUUACAAUACGUUUAGACAACGGUAUUGUAAUAGCGGCUAAGAACAUUAUUUUAUCAAAUAACUCGCGGCCAUUUUGUUUCGAACAUGAUUUCAAAUUGCCUGAUCAUUCAGUUCUGCAGUCGAGAAUAAGCCCUAUUUUUCAUUUUCUCUUUUUUCCCCCGUUACGUUUCUCGAAGAUCCGAUUGAUCUAUACAGAUUUUAUUACUAUUGCUGUUAUUUCUAGUAAAUCAAGUUAAUACGAUAAGUUUUCUCGCCAUUUUUUAGUUUAUCAAAGUUAUACAUAUGCGCAAGCAACGAAUCGAUCGUCAUUCACGAUUCGUAUUAUAUUUGUAUGUACAGUACGUGUAUGUUAUAAUUAUAUUAUGUUAUAUAUGUAAUAUAAUAUAAUUGCAUAAGUGAAAAAUUUUAUAUAUCAAUUGCAACUGGUUGCUCUUUUAAGUAACGAUUACAUAUAAGCUUUCCUUUACGCACGUAAAUUUUCAAUUUCUGCUCAAAGAGUAAUCACCUAUGUAUUUAGCUUUUGCAAAUGGAUCUUAUGAACGAGAAUGUUAUGGAAUUUUCUUAUUUUCUCGUAUUUCAUACAGUUACAUUUAUAAAUGAACGUUAGUUUUACUAGUAUGGCAAUAGUUCAAAGUGGAAGGGGUGAGGAGCAGAUUAUCGCGGAGGGCUUAGAAUCUCGUGUCAAAAGAUUUUGACUCAUAUCCUUGCCAUGCUCGUGCAUCGCCAUAACAGAUAUGUAUAAUAAAAAAAAAAAAAAGGUGUUAAAAUA